AUGUCAUCUGAAAUCUCAACUCAGGUUAUCUGGGAUGCCAUGAAAGCAUAUCUGAGGGGUCAAAUAAUUUCACAUACUGCAAAUUUGAAAAGAAAGACCUAUACAGAGCGAUUAGAUUUGGUUAGUCAAAUUAAAGCAACAGACCAAUUAUAUGCCCAGACCAAAAAUCCGGAACUGUACAAGAAGCCAGUGGAACUUCAAACUAAGUUUGACCUUAUUUCCACUCACCCAAUUGAACGCCAACUUCUCGAAAAAGAUGUUCUUCUGCAUCUCAAAACAACUCACAUCAAGGUUUUGAAGGAAAUGUGUGUGUGCAUAAGAGGAGUGUCUGCCUGCAACAAGUUUACAGAUCUAUGGGUCACUGAAAGCAGUGCACAGUCUCGGCAGCACGAAGGCCCAGAGCACCAGUGUAUGGAUCAGAAGAUCAGACCCGACCGCUUCCUUAGAUAUGCAGAGAUUUUAAAACCAGAACCUGAAGGGCAUAAGCCUCACAGAACCACCCUUACAAAAGGAAUAGCUGGAAUUGGCAAAACCGCAUGUGUAGAAAAGUUAAUUCAUGACUGGGCUGCCGGAUCUAUACUCCCAGAAUUUGAUUUCAUAUUCAUGUUCCCAUUCCGUACACUCAAUAUGCUGCCACAAAUGACACUAAGCCUGAUGCAACUUAUAGAGUUUUGCUACCCGCAUAUGCAGGAUUGCAAAGAGAUUUUUUCAAACACAUCAAUCAAGUGCUUGUAUAUAUUUGAUGGACUAGAUGAAAGUAGGCAAACUCUAAAUUUUGAAAACCAGUUAGCUUGCUAUGAUGAAUGUGAAUCAAGGCCACUUGAAUCCUUGCUCUCAAACCUUAUCAGAGGUAACAUUCAUCCUUCCUCUUCAGUUUGGAUCACCACCCGGCCAGCAGCUAUGGGACAGAUACCUCUAAGUUAUAUUGACAGGCUGACUGCAAUACGAGGUUUCAGUGAACAUCAGAAGAGGGAGUACUUUCUCAAGAAGUAUGAAAAUAGGCACCUGGCAGAGAAAAUGAUUUCAAUUAUGAAGAAAGAAAAGAGCCUAUCCUUUCUAUGUUACCUGCCCACUUUUUGUUCUGUUUUGUCAACCUUUUUGGAAGAUGCAUUAAAAUCAUUUCAAUGCCAAGGGCUCGGUGAUUACGUGCCCAUUGCAAUCACACCUGUCUUCAACAAUUUUUUAGUUCAAAUCCUUUCUAAUCAACAGCAACGACAGGCAGAUUUAGGAAGCGCAGGGGAAACUAUUGUUGAAUUCAUGAAGUCAAAGCAAAGAGACAUCAUUAAUUUGGCAAACUUGGCUUUUGAUUUGCUGAGAAGUCAAACAUUUAUAUUCAACAAGAAUCAUUUAAGAAUGUACAAUGCUGACGUCUCCCUGAUGGAGAGUGGAAUAUGCAAGGAACUUACAAAGGGAAAUCCCAACAACUUAAAGAACAUCUCCUUUGUUCAUGGAGCACUGCAAGAAUACAUGGCUGCUUUGUAUGUUUUUCUUUCAUUUCACUGCACCAAAUCAAAUCCUUUAAUGACAUCGACCAAACCAAAGAUGCAACAGCAACAUGAAAAACUCAGCUAUUUCCACAUCCUUAAACAGGCCUGCAAAGAAACCAUCAAAAGUCCCAGUGGUCACUCAGAUUUAUUUCUCAGAUUCCUUUGUGGACUAGGGACAACAAGUCACCAAAGUUUGAAAGGGCUGAUGGCAAGUUGUGAAAUUGAUCAUGAUGAUAUAAAAAAGAUCACUCAGUUUUUGAAGCAAAAAUUACAGGAAGAUAUUCCUCCAGAAAAAUGCCUCACUCUAAUACAAUGUUUAAUUGAAUUAGGUGAUAAUUCAUUUGUGGUGCAGCUUAACAAUAACCUGCCUACUGAGGCUGCCACAUAUCGGACUCUGUCACCUAUGGAUUACUCUGCAAUGGCCCUGGUUUCGAAAAUGUCAGAGGAAAACUGUGAGAUAUUCAGUCUAUCGGAACACAAAAUAUCUUCCAUCGGUCUUCGGAGAUUGGCUCCAGUUCUGUUCACUUUUACAAGUUUAAAGAUGAACGGAUCAAAUUUAGGAGAUUCUGGAGUCAAAAUAUUAGCUCAAGUAAUCAAAAGUCAAGAAGGAAACUUGCAAAAUUUAGAGUUGGAAAGAAAUGAUCUCACACAUAAAUGUUGUGAAGCCUUAGCCUUCAUUCUAAGCAAUAACAGCAUGCUGAGGAACGUGAACCUGUGUGAGAACCAUCUUGGAGAUAAAGGAAUAUGUUUACUGUCUACGGUUCUGAAGCAGCCUCAGUGCAGAAUACAGAAACUAAAUCUGAGCAAUAAUAAUCUCUCAACUGGAAGCUGGGAGGCAUUGGUCUCUGUACUCCUGAUAAAGCAAACAGUGCAGGAACUGAAUGUGAGCAACAAUAGAGUGGGUGAAGCAGGACUGAAGAUAUUGUCUGCUGCAUUGAAGGAUUCACGCUGCAAGUUACAAAAGUUGGGGCUGAAUAAUACUUCUACAUUUGAUUUUGGAAUGAUGGGCUCUUAUCAAGAGGAAACUGGAGUGGAAGUACUCUGCAAUGUGCUAAGAGAUCCCAGAUGCACUUUGAAAAGUUUGGAGUUGGCCAGCAAUUCUUUGUCACAGAAAAACUAUAAAGAACUUGCUUCUGCCAUCAGAAUGAAUCACACACUGACCCAUCUGGAUCUCAGUUCCAACGUUAUUCAAGAUGCAGGCAUAAAUGUAUUAUCUGUGGCACUGAUGGACCCAAGCUGCUCAAUACAAUCAUUGCGGAUUACUAAUACAAAACUGACAUCUACUUGUUGUGAGAAACUUGCCACGGUGUUAGUCACAAACCAGACGCUCCAAGAACUAGAUCUAGGCAUGAAUAAACUGGGUGAUUCAGGUGCUCAUGCACUGUCUGCUGCACUGAAGAACCCGCACUGCAAACUGGAAAAUCUGGGGUUAAAGCGAACACUCCUCACUGAUGGAUGCAGCUACAGGCUAAUGGCAGCACUCAGUACAACCCAAAAAAUAACUCAUCUUGAUUUAAGUGAAAACUCAUUUACUGAUUGUUCCCUAAGCAAUAUCAGCAGCUUGAUUCUGACUUGUAGCAACCUGAUGGUCAUAAGGCUGGAGGAAAACCAGUUCACUACAAAUGGACAGCUGGCCAUAAAGAAACUGAAUCUGAAGAAACCAGAUAUUGAGAUUGUUGUAGGCGGAAAUGUAAAACAUUUUGGAACGUUUCUUUAA